AGAUGUAUAAUUCACAAUCGAAAUUUACUUGUAAACAGAGAAAGUUCACAGAAUUGUGAGAUGAAAUGUGUGUUGAAUCGUUAAUAGCAAAUAACAUAUUCGACAGAAUCGACCGUUUUGACAAGAUCAUCGACAUCGCAGCAACACGUACUUUUUAUGUGAAAAUGAUUUGACGUGAAAAAAGUGUUUCUCUGACAUAUCGUGAAAACGAUGCGGAAUAACUUUUUCUAAACGUUACUCGUACAGAAUCAAAAAUGAAUACAAAUAUAUAAAUCCUCGCGUCAUUUCUGUGGAAAAAAAAAAAAAAACAAUAAUACAUUGAAAGAGAGAAUAUCGUUCUGGUUUUGCGAUGACAUCGUCAGAGGAAAAGAUCAACGUAGCAAGCAUGAAACAGAAAUUGAUAAACCACAUGUCGCCUGUGAAAGAAGAGACAAGGUCCUUCUUGAAUUUCUCGCGAGAAAAUCUGAGCAUCUCGCAUUCUGAUUUAGAGGAAGGAUUUAACAGAUCGCGACUAAAACCAAGCAAGAACACGAUUUUGAGCAUAGUCGCACUUAUCAUCGCUGUUCUUUGUCUUGGUCUUGAAAGCUGGGAGUUACAUUGUUCAUUGUCGAAAUUGCAUGACAUCGAUCAGCUGAAGAGAGACGUUGAGAGCUUGAAGCAUCGGCUUUUGGAGCAAGAUCUACUGGACGAAUUAAAAGCCUUCGAACAGUUGUACACCGAAGAGUCCACGGAAGACAAUGAUCCUGGCGAGGCAGACAUUGACAACGCCGAUUACGAUUCUAAUUACAAUGAUGACGAUUCUACGUCGCGCGAUUAUACCGACGACCGCACGUCUUUGUCGUACGAUUCCAAGUUGGAUUUAUCCGAAAUUACGUCGACGUCGGUACCUGCGUUGUAUCCGGAAUCCGAGUCGAACAGAGCUAUGGAAAUACUGACUGCCUUCCGUAAAGCUGAGACGAAACGCGGAGAGAAGUUUGUGAAGAACGUGCGAGAAAGUCACAAAAAUAUUGACCGGCGAGAACGUCUCAAGGAGGAACACAAUGCGCGAUUAAGUCACGAGAAGAACGUCAGUGCAAACGUCACAACCGAGCACAAACGUGAUAACGACGCAAGAGAUAUUGCAAACACAGGGGAUGUCAAAGAAGGUGUCAAAUCGAAGCGAUCUGUAAGUGAUCACACGAUAGCUGACGAUCCUUCGGCAGAUGAAUCGAACUAUCAGCACGAGCAUCACGUGAGGACUGUUGGGUCCGGAUCACGUCUUUACGCAAAUGGCAACAGAAACGCUAAUAACAAUUCCGAAAAAAAUCCAGCAUCACACUCUUCGAAGAAGUAUCAUUCUCGUGCGCGUCCAAAAGCAUUCUCUUUAGCGCACAAUGACCAAUUAAGCCAAGAAUUUGUUCAGCACACGAACUUAAGCACGGAGACCGCGGUCGGCGAAAGAGUUAAUUGGCGAAAUACGCUUCACAACGACACGGCAAACGGAACCGAAAUUCGUAGAUCCAAAUUCCCUCAGAAUUUCGAAAUAUCGGCGAGGAAUAUUCGACGAAAACGAAGACUGACUCGGAGACACUUACAUGCGCCACGGCAGAUUUACGCAAUUCACUUCGGGGCGGACACCACCCUCUUCUCGUCGGGAGACGAGCACGUUGGCAACGGGAAGGCGCGACAUAACAACGGCAUUUUUAAGGCAUGGCAGCCGAGCGACUGGGUCGCCGAUCUCGGUAUGAAUAGACAUUUUACACUCGCCACCGACGGCAAACUUACUGUGCACGAGCCGGGAUUGUAUCUGGUCUACGCGCAGAUUCACUACCUGGACGAUCACGAUGAGAACGGUUUUCGCCUGUUGGUAAACGGCAGAUCGAUCAUGCAAUGCAUGGUGUACAGUCCAGGUACAGGACACAAGAGUCGCUCGUGUUUUUCAGCCCAAGUGACUGUCCUUCAGACGGGUGAUCAUCUAAUCCUGAAAGAUAUCGGAACAGCGAGAUACACUCUGUUUCAACAUGACAAAAGUUUCUUCGGCUUGACGAAGCUCGGUGAACUGGGACAGCAUAGACAACAACCAACACCGUCAACACCGAGACAUCAACCGCAACAAACAACAUAUUAAACGUGUAUAAUUUUCUUAAUUGCUCUGUAAUUAGUAGUAGCGCUAAAAUCAAUUGAUAAAUGACCUAUUGUAGUUAUCAAUUAUUAAUAGCAAAAUUAAAACAGACACACUUGUCGUCAAAUAGGCAGCAACUUGCUGCUGCCUAUUGUUACAAUCUGACAUAACGUGUUUGGUUUUUAGAAAUAUAACAAUUGUAUACGUAAUAUAUUUUUACC